AUGAAGUAUAUACUAGUAUCAGGUGGUGUUAUUUCCGGUAUCGGAAAGGGCAUAUUUGCCUCGUCCUUGGGUGUGUUGUUGAAAACUAUCGGUCUAAGGGUGACAGCGAUAAAGAUAGACCCAUACAUGAAUAUCGACGCGGGAACAAUGAGCCCCAUUGAGCACGGUGAAGUGUUUGUGUUGGAUGAUGGUGGUGAGGUAGAUUUAGAUCUGGGGAAUUACGAACGUUUCCUAGAUGUAACACUCACCAGAGACAAUAAUAUCACCACCGGAAAAAUCUACCAGCAAGUCAUUCAAAAAGAGGUUCCGCACAUCACCGACGCGAUCCAAGAAUGGAUCGAACGUGUCUCCAUGGUGCCCGUCGACCAUAGCGGCGAAAGGCCGGACGUCUGCAUCAUCGAGUUGGGCGGAACAGUUGGCGACAUCGAAUCUGCCCCAUUUGUCGAGGCCAUGCGUCAAUUUCAAUUCCGGGUGGGACACGAAAACUUUGCCUUGGCUCACGUAUCGUUAGUGCCGGUCACCGGACCAGUCGGCGAACAAAAGACAAAGCCUACUCAGACCACCAUAAAAGAGUUGAGGGCCUUGGGAUUAUCUCCUGACUUGGUUAUUUCCGUUCGCGAUGUGGCGUCCACCUAUAACGUUCCAUUGUUAUUGAAGGAUCAAGGCGUCUUGAACUUUUUCCGAAAAAGGCUUGGUCUAGAUUGCGUACACAUUUCUACCGAUCAGAUCAUAAGAGGCGAGAGUAUAUUAGCUGAGUGGACUAAACUAACAGAUGAGCACAAUCGACUUAGCGAACCGGUCACAAUAGUAUUGGUGGGAAAAUAUACCAAUCUUCAAGACUCAUAUCUUUCCGUUAAAAAAGCGUUAGAACACUCGGGUCUAAAAUGCGAGCGAAAAUUAAUUCUCAAGUGGGUGGAUGCAUCUCACUUAGAGAAAGAACAUGAAAAAAUAAACAUCGAUGAAUGUCGGGAAGCUUGGCAAACACUUUCGUCUGCCAACGGAAUUUUGGUUCCCGGCGGUUUCGGAAACCGCGGGACGGAAGGCAAGAUCGCGGCCGCGAAAUGGGCGCGUGAAAACAAAAUUCCCUAUCUAGGAAUUUGCCUUGGAUUACAAAUUGCUGUGAUAGAAUUUGCACGUAACGUUUGCGGGAUGAAAGCCGCAAACUCGGAAGAAUUCCAAGAAGAGGGUGUCCACGUCAUAGUUAACAUGCCUGAAAUAUCUACAACUCAUCUCGGAGGUACCAUGAGGUUAGGUGUACGUCCAACCAUUUUCCAGGAGGGCACAGAGGAUUGGUCAACAACUCGUAAGCUUUAUGAGGUCAUGAACUCCGUGUCCGCUGAAACCAAUCAAGUUUUGGAACGCCACCGACAUCGAUACGAGGUUAAUCCCAAGUUCGUGCCAACCUUCGAGGCAAAUGGAUUACGCUUUGUCGGCCGCGACGAGACGGGACAGAGAAUGGAGAUAAUGGAACUCCAAGGUGAUCCUUUGAUCUAUCGAUUGCUUUAUUUCCUAGUUUCGUCCUCUCAAACCAUCAGCACCAUUCCUUGGGUUUGUGGUGGCGUCUGCCGGAUUAUCACUGGAUUCCGUAUUAAAGAACUAAUCGAAAUUUAG